GGAGGAAAGUAGGAGGAGGGCUGUGCGCAACGUCGGUGCCAAUAGGCGCAGCGCUAUCUAAUUAAACCCCUACCACGUAAUCCCAACGACACCAUCCCCCCGUUUAAAUCCACUCCACCGGCUCACACCACUUAAACACACUGUCCUCCGCUGCUAUCCCGUCCCGGCCCCUGGAGGAGAGGAGAACGCCAGCAGCAGCAGCAGCAGCAGCCAGAACCGGCUCCGCACCGCAGCACCAUCACUGCUGCCUCUCGCCUGCACAGUAACAUGGUUUGCAGGGCUCGGCUGCUGUAGCCAAGGGCCACUUUAGUCAGUCACUCAGCCAGUCAGUCGGCGUGUGUGGAUGUGUGUGAGUGUGCAGUAAGACACAGCGGUAACCAGACGGAGAUCUCGAACUCGAGCUGUCCAGCAUCUCACUGUCGUCCAGGAGCUCCGGAGAAAGGCCCAGCAUCCCCGCAUCUCUUCCCGGCUGUCCUGCACUCCAGCCCCGCUGAACCGGAGCAGGGAUAACCCCCUCCCUCCCCAGCUGCACCGACACUACCUCGGCUUUAUCGGGUGUGAAAAGCGGCCUGGCUAGAGCUAUAGUUGCUGUUGUUGUCAAGGAAACCGAGAGUCGUGUCCCGUUACUAUGGGGAAACAGAACAGCAAGCUGCGGCCAGAGAUGCUGCAGGACCUCCGGGAGAAUACUGAGUUCUCUGACCAUGAGCUGCAGGAGUGGUACAAGGGUUUCUUGAAGGAUUGCCCCAGUGGAACCCUGAAUGUGGAGGAGUUCAAGAAGAUUUACGCCAAUUUCUUCCCCUAUGGUGAUGCCUCUAAGUUCGCUGAGCACGUCUUCCGAACUUUUGACACCAAUGGAGAUGGGACGAUAGACUUCCGGGAGUUCAUCAUUGCCUUGAGUGUCACAUCACGGGGCAAACUGGAGCAGAAGCUGAAAUGGGCCUUCAGCAUGUACGACCUCGAUGGAAACGGAUACAUCAGCCGCGAGGAGAUGCUGGAGAUUGUACAGGCCAUCUACAAGAUGGUGUCAUCUGUGAUGAAGAUGCCAGAGGAUGAAUCCACGCCGGAGAAGAGGACAGAUAAGAUCUUCAGACAAAUGGACCUCAAUAAUGAUGGCAAAUUGUCCCUGGAGGAGUUUAUCAAAGGUGCCAAAAGCGAUCCCUCCAUUGUCCGGCUACUCCAGUGUGACCCCAGCUCGGCCUCCCAGUUCUGAACUCCUGCCCGGCAACGACCCUUUCUUUCUCACCCUCUCUGUUGCUAUCGAACCAGUCACUCAAAUCAAUGCAUGAUGGUUCUCGUCUCUCAUAUCAUCAUAUUUUUUUGUUGUUGUGUACAAGGAUGGAGGAGGGAUUUGAAGGAGGAUAAGGAAAGUCAUCACUGUCAGUUUACUUUCGUUUUUAUAUUUGGGAAAAAUGAAGGGACACACAUACAUUCAAUGAUCAGUCGACAGAGGUGUCUGCUAAUGUUCCUGAAUAUCUCUCUCUCUCUCUGGAACAUCGGAUUUCCAGGGAGCUCGUGACAACUUUUUUUUUUUUUUUUGUUUGUUUGUUUUUUUGCAGGGUGGGGAUCGCGCAGUUUCUCCUCCAAUACUCAUGUAUAUCAUGUAUAUACUGUACGUCUAUGUAUAUCAUAAGAUGAAGUACAUUCAUCUUCAUGUAUGGUGCACACUCUCUGGCAUUGAAAGGCAGUAUUAUGUAGCGUAGCUUCCUGGUCUGAUCUGAAUGGGUGAUCGGAGGGGUUGGAGGUGGGUGGGGGGGAUUAUUGGGAUUUUACUGCUAUAUGAUGUUUCAUUGAGAAAAAGAAGGCCUAAGAUCCCAUUAGAUUUUUAUGGAUAUCUACUGGCAUUUUGUUGAUUUUAACAUUUUAAAUGUUUUUUUUUUCAUUUGUACAUAUUGUUUUCCUCCUUUAUGUUGUUUUAUUUAUUCAUUUUUAUUCUUAUUAUUGUGCUUUUACUUUGAUAUGUUGUUUAAGAUGACCAUAUUCCAGUUUACAGUGACAGAGAGAGAGAGAAAUUGUGAAUUAAGGCUGAUCUCUUUGGGAUUUGUGGUUUUGUUUAAGUGGAAGAAUAUGAAACUUUAGUGAAAUAAGGAGUUCCCAUAAUGCAUUUGAUCAAUGACACCAGUAGCACAUAUCGUUUGAGCCGCCAUGUGUUUAUAAAGUAUGGCUGUGCAUUUGGUCUGAAAGUGUGUGUGUGCAUGUGGAUAUGCACUGUAUGCUUGAGGCUAACUUUUACAGUAUUACCAUGUUGUGUUGUUUCUUAAUUUGUAAGUAUUUUAAAGUUCUUCUAUCAACGAGCAGUAAACUUAAGAUAGUUGUAACCUGUCACUAUACUGCAUGAUCCUACGAACCAGACAAUGAAAAAAAAACCCACAAAAACAUUUAACGCACAGCAGUAUAUCUUUUUGUAGCUCUGCAGCCUCCUCAGCACCGUACCAGGCAGAAAUGACUGAAUAUUUGUCUUGCUUUGGGACAAACCCUGACCCCACUCUCUUUUCCUCUGACAGACAGGAAAAAACCUCACUAAGGGCUCGUUCAUCACUCUCUAGCUGAAUGCUUUUAUAACCUCCUGGAUUAGUCUGCUUACAGAGCAGUAAAAUGAAGGGACAUGUUUCACAAGACAGGAGCAAGUUCAGACGCUUGCUCUGAUUUGGAUUUUCAGGGUUUUCCAGACUUAUGUAGUAAUCUGACAGAAACCAGUGGCCAUGUUUAUAUUAGCACAUAGAAAUCUUUAAUAUUUGGGAUACCUAUUCUAACAUAUUUGGAUUACAUAGAACACUUGGAGAUAUGGCAUCAAAUCAGCUUCUCUGAUUCUAAUGAAAUGUAAGACUUAAAGCUACUUUAAACUGUAUGAUAUUAGACUUUUAAAACACAGCCUUGACUAAAUAAAACAUUAAAAACCUCCAUCUGAAAUAGUGCACGUAUGUAAACAGAGCCACUGGUUGCAGCAGUGCCAGCGCCACUCUCAUAUCAUCUGUUUAAGGCCCCUAUUGCCAGAUCACUGUUGCCAUCUUCUGCUUUUGGUGAUCAAACACUCUACAAAUUCAGUGUGUGAAGUAGCUAACCAUUGGGCAGACUGAAAAAGAAAAUUACAGUUGAAGUAAAUCUGCAUAUUUAGUGGACUUGUUGCCUUGAUGUUAUCACUGAAGACACAGUUUGGGACAAAAAUACUAUUUUCAUUUCAAUCAAAAAUGUGUCUUUGUAUGACACACGACAAACUCAAGGGUUUUGACUGAAGAGCACUCCAAAAGCACUAGUAGAAUCUUUUAUCAUAAAACACUGCUGUUAUACUGGCAUUUCUGUAUUUUAUAGGCUGAUACCAAUUCUAUGUGUGUAUUUAGCAGUGGUGGAACGUAACUAAGUACAUUUUCUCAAGUACUGGACACAUAUCAGAACAAUACUACAGUACAUUACUUGAAUAUUUUAAUUGUAUGCUACCUAAUACUUCUUCUCCAUCACAUUAAGGCAAAUAUUGUACUUUACUGCAUUUAUCUGACAACUUGAGUUUAUUUUUCAGAUUAAGAUUUAACACACAAAAACUGAUUACUUCAUAAUAUAUGUAUUAGUAUAGAUUAAAGUACUCAAAAGUAGUAAAAGUAAUAAAAAUUAAAUUAAGCUCCACCUGAACUAACUACGACUUAAAAGUCCUGCUUACAUAUUAAUGCAUCAAUAAUAAUCAAAUAAUGUCAUACUGUAACACUGACUAAGGUCGAUCUCUGCAUAUUGAGUACUUGUACUUUUGAUACUUGAUAUUUAUUUCUGAUAUUUCUGUACUUCUGUAAGUGUAAUGACUUUUAUUUGUAAUGGGGUCUUUUUAUAGUGUGGUACUACUUCUUAUACCUAACUGAAUACUUCCUCCACCACUGGUAACUAGCGAAGCUGGCCAUGGCCUUACUGUACUCCUCCUCAGAGAACAAUGGACAAGAUACAGUAUUUAUUCUUACUGUUUUAGGAAAUCCCUCUCAAAUGGGACAUUGACAUUGACAUUUACACACUCUGGGAAAAGUGAGGAAUCAAACCCAAACACUUUAUCACACCUGGAUGAUUUCUCUGUCCGCCAAGUGAGAAUAAAAUAACCUUUUGUUCGCAGGUCAGAGAGGAAACUCCACCGUACCAGACUUAACUGACAAAAUCAAAAUUUUAAACAAGACCAAUAUCAGUCUGAAAUGUCAGUCUAAUUGUGAUUUACAUGUUGUGUUGCCCAACAUUUUACUACCUCACAAACUGAAUUGUGUGCAAUGGUGGCAAAGUGAGUUACCAAUCAGAGCCUGAGAGUCUGUGCUGGCGAUGCUGCAUCCACAUGACAUUAGACUGAUCUAAGGUUAACUUAACCAAACAUUUGCACAGGAGCUUCCUAACCAGCCGCACCUCUGCUUUGGAGAUCCUGUAGUGUCACUGCCUUCUGCUGGUAGGAUAAGGAAACAACAGUUGCUACCCCGUGAUCUAUUACAGUUCAACCCUUUUCUAUUCUCACUGCCUCUGAUAAACUGGUACCUUGUGUUGGAUAAAUACGCCCCCUUCUUUCUGCCCUCCUAACCUCUCUUUCCUUCCUUCCUAUUUUUUCUGUUGCAUGAAAACCUCACGUGAGGAUGUCAUGUUUGUUUCGUUGGACCUGAGAUCGCAAUAUACGAUAAGUGUUUCAAA